GCUGCCCCACCGCCCCCUCCUCCACCCGCUGUUCCUCCUACAGCUCCUCCCGCAGCUCCGAUCUCACCCCCUUUCCCUGCACCUCCAUCGCCUGCUGCACUUGUAGCGCCUGCUCCUCCUCCUCCUACCAUUCCUCCCCCUCCCGCUCCAGUUACCCCUGUACCCCCACCGGCACCAGCCCCACCUGAACACAAGAAGUUGGAUACUCUGAGCUCUCUCAAGCUUCCGACACCAAAGCUUGACUUAGGACACAUUCACAUGUGA